GCAUCGCCGACUUGCGGCCAAUCACCUCAAGCCACGGCAAGAUUUGGUGUUCCUUUAGCGACUGUGCCCGCUGCAUGUGUCGUGGUUCUGAAGGUGUACCGUUGGUUCUGGAGCACAAAGCUGUUGGAAAUCAAGAGCGAGUAUGAAGGGUUUAUUAGCCGGUACAUUAGCGUGUACGUUAGUACUCACAGUACACGGGUUCUACUCUUCAAGCGACGACGUGGUGGAACUCAACCCCUCCAACUUCAACCGCGAGGUUAUACAGAGCGACAGUUUGUGGCUUAUCGAGUUUUACGCACCGUGGUGUGGCCACUGCCAGAGGCUGACAGCUGAUUGGAAGAAAGUUGCCACAGCCUUAAAGGGCGUGGUGAAGGUGGGCGCGGUCGACGCUGACCAGCACAAGUCGCUUGGCGGCCAGUAUGGCAUCCGGGGCUUCCCCACCAUCAAGAUCUUCGGAGCCAACAAGAACAAGCCCGAGGACUACCAAGGCGCUCGCAGCAGUCAGGCCAUCGUUGACGGGGCCGUGAACGCCGUGCGCUCCCUGGUGAAGGACCGGAUGGCCGGGAAGACCGGGGGCUCUGAGCAAGGCCGACAGGGCGGUGGCGGCGGCGGCAGCGGCAGCGGAGGAGGAAGUAAGAAGGACGUGGUGGAGCUAACGGACGACAACUUUGACAGCACGGUCCUGAACAGCGAGGAGGUCUGGCUGGUGGAGUUCUUCGCUCCCUGGUGUGGCCACUGCAAGAACCUGGAGCCCGAGUGGGCGGCGGCGGCCACCGAGGUGAAGGAGCAGACCAAGGGCAAGAUCCGCCUGGGAGCCGUGGACGCCACCGUGCACCAGGGCCUGGCCAGCCGCUACGGGAUCCGUGGGUUCCCCACCAUAAAGAUCUUCCAGAAGGGGGAGGAGCCGGCGGACUACGAGGGCGGCCGGACCCGAUCCGACAUCGUGGCCCGCGCCCUGGACCUCUUCUCCUCAAACGCGCCCCCGCCCGAGCUGCUGGAGAUCUUAAACGAAGACGUCCUGAAGAAGACCUGCGAAGACUACCAGCUGUGCAUAAUCUCUGUGCUCCCACACAUCCUGGACACAGGUGCGUCCGGAAGGAACGCCUACCUGGAAGUCAUGAUGAAAAUGGCUGAGAAGUACAAGAAGAAGAUAUGGGGAUGGCUGUGGACAGAGGCUGGCGCUCAGAUGGAACUGGAGAGCGCUCUGGGCAUCGGCGGGUUUGGCUACCCCGCCAUGGCGGCCAUCAACGCUCGCAAGAUGAAGUUCGCCCUGCUCAAAGGCUCCUUCAGCGAGACGGGCAUUCACGAGUUCCUCAGGGACCUUUCCGUGGGGCGUGGCUCUACUGCAACAGUCGGGGGAGGGGCACUGCCCAAAAUCCACGCCGUGGAACCCUGGGACGGCAAGGACGGAGAGCUGCCAAUGGAGGAUGACAUCGACCUGAGCGAUGUGGAGCUGGAUGACCUGGAGAAGGACGAGUUGUGAGUCCGUCGACGGUCACCCUCCACCCCAUCCCGGUGACACGGGCGCAGUUUAAGCCCCGUUCAGCCCCCCCUCUCCCCCCUGUCGCCUCUCCUGUGGAAGAGGUGAAAACCAGGACACUCUAGGGCUUUUUUUUUUUUUUGUUUGUUUGAUUUUAUUUUUAUUUCUAUUUUAAGAACUAAAGAAGGAAAAAAAAAAAAAAACGCUCCCAAAGCUUUACACAUUGCCCUGUCUAGAAAUCGGGAGGCGGGGCUUAUGUGCUGGAGGGGCGGGGCUUCAACACAGUCCAUCUCCGGGCAAGCGGUCAGGCUGCCGACCGAUUGGUCCGUAACGGAUGGACCGGAUGCCUGGCCCCCCCGCCACCCACCCACCCCCCUCGCGCAGUCAAAGCCAGUGGAUCUUUUCUGCGUGAUCAGAUUUCAGACACGUCCGGGGUCUCCGCCCACCAAUGACCUCAUUCCCCAGUGGUUUGGUUCAUAUAAUGUGAAAUUGGGUCUUAUUAUCAAUAUUGAUGUUAUUUUAUUUUUAUUUUUUUUCCAUGUUCGCAUCCUGCUGUAAUUUAGCCGAGAAGUACAAGUCAAUGUCAUCUGUGUGCUUUCACUGAGGGAGGAGGUAAUAAUUAUUGGGGAAAAAAAUUGGUAUUUGUCUUGUAUAUUAUUUUUCAUACUCAGCUCUUAAUUUUGAUUGUGGGAAUAAAAUGUUUUUUGGAAAAACAGUA